AUGGGUUGCUGCGGCGGUCACGUCACAAAGACCGUGACUAAAGCCUUCUCCAAAACAUACGAGAAUAAUAAAAGCAGAAACUUUGGAUACAGGAAGGGACCCGAUGGGAAAUGGUACGGACCCGGCACCCAGGACGAAGCAUCCCUCGAGCCGGAGAGGAAAAGCAAAGCUCAACUCAAGAGGGAGAGUCAGCGUAAGAGCAGUGUUUUUGCGAGGCACAAAUCUCCAUCAAGCCUCGGGACUCUGGCUAUGAUGCAUGGUACUCGUUCAAUUAGCGGCAGCUCUCAACUAUACGGCCAGCCUCGAUCCUACGGAAAGUCUCAAUCUUUUAGCAAGUCUAAGACUAGAAGCCAGCGAAGAGAUUCCUGGUUUUAG